UUGGCCCGUGCGUGGGGCUGGGGUGGAGGGCGGGACAGAGGGGCCGGGCCCAGGCGAAGCUCCUGUCGCUGCUGCAGCGGAGGCCGAGGCCGGGACUUGGACCGGGCCGGAGAGUGGCGGGCGGAGAGGAGCAGGAGGCGAGGUCCGCCGGAGCUUCGAGCCCUCGCCGCUCUGCCCCGCGGUGACCUCGCACCCAGGCGCUGUCCGGACCCGUGGUUGUUCUCGAGGAGAUUGGUGGGGUCGCGGCGGCAGCGGUUGGGGGUGGGGAGAGGCGCGGCGAGGAGAGGAGAGAGGUCAGCGAGUUUGAGGGAGGACCGAGAGCUGUGCUGCCGUCAUGUCCGAGGACUCGAGCGCCCUGCCCUGGUCCAUCAACAGGGACGAUUACGAGCUGCAGGAGGUGAUCGGGAGUGGAGCAACGGCUGUGGUCCAAGCAGCAUAUUGUGCCCCAAAAAAGGAGAAAGUGGCAAUCAAACGGAUAAACCUUGAGAAAUGUCAAACUAGCAUGGAUGAGCUCCUGAAAGAAAUUCAAGCCAUGAGUCAGUGCCAUCAUCCUAAUAUUGUGUCUUACUACACGUCUUUUGUAGUAAAAGAUGAACUGUGGCUAGUCAUGAAGCUGCUAAGUGGCGGUUCUGUUCUGGAUAUUAUUAAGCACAUUGUGGCGAAGGGGGAACACAAAAGUGGAGUCCUAGAUGAACCUGCCAUUGCUACAAUACUCAAAGAAGUAUUGGAAGGGUUGGAAUACCUGCAUAAAAAUGGACAGAUUCACAGAGAUGUAAAAGCUGGAAAUAUUCUUCUUGGAGAAGAUGGCUCAGUACAGAUUGCAGACUUUGGUGUUAGUGCUUUUUUAGCAACGGGUGGUGAUAUUACCCGAAAUAAAGUGAGAAAGACCUUUGUUGGAACCCCUUGCUGGAUGGCACCUGAAGUUAUGGAACAGGUCCGAGGUUAUGAUUUCAAAGCAGAUAUCUGGAGUUUCGGGAUCACAGCGAUUGAACUAGCCACAGGGGCUGCUCCUUAUCAUAAGUAUCCACCAAUGAAGGUGUUGAUGCUGACACUGCAGAAUGAUCCUCCUUCUUUGGAAACUGGUGUUCAAGAUAAAGAAAUGCUAAAAAAAUAUGGAAAAUCAUUUAGAAAAAUGAUUUCAUUGUGCCUUCAAAAGGAUCCAGAAAAAAGACCAACAGCAGCAGAACUGUUGAGGCACAAAUUUUUCCAAAAAGCAAAGAAUAAAGAAUUUCUUCAAGAAAAAUUAUUGCAGAGAGCACCAACCAUUUCUGAAAGAGCUAAAAAGGUUCGGAGAGUACCCGGUUCCAGUGGCCGUCUUCAUAAGACAGAAGACGGUGGCUGGGAGUGGAGUGAUGAUGAGUUUGACGAAGAAAGCGAGGAAGGGAAAGCCGCAAUUUCACAACUCAGGUCUCCCCGAGUGAAAGAACUAUCAAAUUCUGAGCUAUUUCCAACAACUGAUCCCGUGGGUACUUUACUUCAAGUUCCAGAACAGAUUUCUCCUCAUCUACCUCAGCCAGCUGGGCAGACAUCUGCACAGCCAACCCAAGUCUCUCUCCCCGUCCCCACGGAGCCAUCAAAAACAGCUCAGGCUCCGUCUUCAGGAGCAGGUUCACAAGAAACCAAGAUCCCCAUUAGUCUAGUACUAAGAUUAAGGAAUUCCAAAAAGGAACUAAAUGAUAUUCGAUUCGAAUUUACUCCUGGGAGAGAUACGGCGGAGGGUGUCUCUCAGGAACUCAUUUCUGCUGGCCUGGUCGAUGGAAGGGAUUUAGUCAUAGUGGCAGCUAAUUUGCAGAAAAUUGUGGAAGAACCUCAGUCAAAUCGAUCUGUCACUUUCAAACUGGCAUCUGGUGUCGAAGGCUCGGAUAUUCCUGAUGAUGGUAAACUAAUAGGAUUUGCCCAGCUCAGCAUCAGCUAAAUCACAGCCCUGGACGAGGAGGCCUCAGAAGAUGCCACACAUGCGUAUCUCUGCUGCUUCUGUUGGCCUAGACCCACUACUGCCAAAGAACCCAGCAACAAACCUCCCAGCUAGGAGUUUUAGAGGUCUUUCUUUAUGUUCAUCCUGCCAUCGUUCCCCCCUUUUCCCACAGGGAAAGAAAAGUUGGAUCACCAGUGGCCAGCAUCCCUUUGAAGAGUUCCGUUAGUAAACUUACUACAUGUGUCCCCUUUCUUCCUCCAUCUGAGAAGUGGCCCAUGUGCCUCAAGGCCCAGGAAGAGAUCUUCCAGCUCAUCUUGUCUUACUCCACUGACGGUGCUGGGUGAAAAGUAGCAGCUCGAUUGGUCUUCCUCAUGCUGCCGGAUUUCCCACACCUGACAGGAUGUGGGCAUCUUGGGAUGUCUCUUUACCCCCCUGAAGUAGCAGUUAAAAGUUGAUUGUUCAGCUGGAGCCCAGAGAAUUUAAUUUAGAGAUUUUUUUUCUUUUUUUAAUCUGAUGUGAAUUCUAGCAACCUUUGUUAGGAAAAAGCACAGCCUCAGAUGGAGGCAGCCUAAACUGUCCUCUAGUUUUGUUCAUGAUGUUUCUAAGCGUUUUGCUGAAGCUGCUCUCAGGCACCCCUCUUCAUUAUUCCCUCCAGAAAGGGAUGCUAGCCUUAACUCAGCUGGUGCAAAACAUCUGACUAUCGUCGGACUUCAGCCAUCGGAUCCUUCAGCGUGGAACUUUGAACUGUUUUUAGAGAAAACAUCAAAUAUUGGCUUGUUAAAGUGAAUUUUCCCAGCAGUGGUUUUUGGACAGAAAAAAAAAUCAUAACUCAUAUCAUUGUGGAAGUUAUUUAUUUUCAGAAUCUAAAAAAAUUAUUAAAUCGAAGAAAAACUGCUCCUCUAGUCUUCUCAUGAAAAUCCGUUUGCCUGGUCUCCAAGUCUUAAGGAAAUGCAAAGCUGAGAUUCCUACAGCAAUAACGGAGACACUGGGCUGGAGAGGUCUGCCUUCUGCCCCGUCGCCUGCACUGACCCUUCCGAGGGGCUCACACUGCGUGUGCUGAACCUGACCCAAGACAGAAAGUAAAACCACAUGUGCCGUGACUUAGGAUUUCAUUUGAUUUUCUACAGAAAUAAUGUAAAUUAUUUUUUAGGUUUUGAAAAAGAGCACUCAUAAUGCAAUAUGUGAAUAAUCAGUGGGGUUGAUUUUUUUUUUCCCCUAACGUUUCAGAGUCAGCCUUUGUCUAAUUGCAAAUAGCCCUAACGUGUUUGUAUGUGAAAGAGAUCCUCAGUCUGGCCUUAAACGACACACACAGAGGCUUUGGCCCCAUGAAAAGGGGAGAGUUGCCUCUGAGUGAAUGGCUCCAGCCCUGUCCAGCAUUGUUGGUCUGGGAAUAGUGAGGUUGCUCUACCUGGUUUUCUGCUGAGCAUCUCUCAGAGCUUUCCCACAACUGGCUUGUCACAGUUCUUGUUUCAUUCGUCCUGAGCUUAUAGUUUAGUCACGGGCUUUCUUCACCUACCUGGAGGAAAAGGCAUGUUGGGAAAGGGGUGGAUGUUGAGGAAUGGGAGAGGGAGAGUUUGAGAUGGGGUUGGGAAGAAAGUAGACUAGAGGAUCAGACACCAGAGUCCAUGGUCCCAGCAGGAGAGUUAACAGGAGGGAGCCUGCCGAGCCUGGAGAGAGGAAAGAAGGUUGAUCAACUUGCUGGAAAAAAUAUUUAGCUUUUUCUUUUUAUUUAUUUUAUUAUUAUUAUUAAAUUUUUUUGGAGGCAGGUAGAGGGAAUAAGGACAGGGAGGUAGGAGUAAGUUUGGAAAAGAGAUAGUGUCCUCUUUGGCACAGGACUAGUGGCUCACCCUAGAGUCUGUUUUGGUGUCCAGUAAGCCCGUCGCACUCUACUUACGUAUGAAUCCAAGGGGUGUGGCAUCGCUGUUCUAGCUUUGGGUUUGGAGGCGAUCUGAAGCCCAGGCUGGGGGUAAGCAGCGGCCCAUCCUCCUGUUGAGUUUCUCCAGCAGCCAUUGCCUUUGGACUGUGGUGGGACAGGCACGACCAUAGAAGUGAGCUGGGGCUUUCUCUUUCAUUUCGGUUCAUUUUUUGCCCUGCUGGGAAUUAGGAGUCCGUCAUCAAGCCCCAUGACAGUGUGUUUCUUCUGCAUGAUGUAUGGUGGACUCCCUUUGCUGACUUGGGGAGUGAUGCUGAGCAAAUAAGUGAACAGAAACUUCCCAGUGGGAAGCACAUAACCUAGUGAGAGACCUUACUCCUUUCCAGGAGUGGUGGGUGGGUCAGGGUACACCUCCGGCGCGGAGUCCCCAGGAUUCCCUGGUCCCUGGGGUAGGGACUGACUUUAGCACAAGGUAACAUGUGCCAAUGCUGUUUGUGAAAUGUAUGGUCUUUCUAAAUGACUAUUGGAUUUGUUUGGGUUUUUUGCUUAAGUUUUGAACCAAAUCUUAGAGCCAGCUGAUACUAUUUAAUAAUCUGGAGGAUAGAAUAAUGGUGUAUCAAUAAACGGAGCUUCCUCCUUAUGACGUGUGCUAGAUCAUGGAAGAUGUAAAAUAUUUGACUCUCCCUCCACCCUUUUUUUGACUUUGUAUUUUGCUGCAUGUUUCCUUCAUUUUUAAUCAAUAAAGAGUAAAUUGUC